CCGUGGCAAUGACCUGGCCCCUGGGGUGCGCUGCAACCGCCAUUGCUGCCGGCUGUGCAAACCGCUCCGCAUCCGUCCGCUAUACCUGUUCCUACUCUUACCCCUCCCCCUCCACCCCCACCUCCACCUCCCUCGCAUGCGUCUAACCCGCCUGCGCAGCAUCACUCGAACGCCCAACAUGGGCAGUCUGGGCACGGAGGGAACCCCGCCGGUAGUGGGAAAGGGCCGGCUGCCAAUGUUUUUCCGGGUCCCGACAAUCGCGCUUACUUUACCAAAGAGUAUAUGGACAUUCUGGAGAAUAUCAAGAUGAAUAAAGCUCUGGAAGAAGCGAAGAAGAAAAUUGCUGCUCCGCGACAACGCGGUUUGAAGAUUGUGGAGAUCCUGGAAGAAUCCAGUCGCUCCGGUUCCAGAUCACCAGACAAGACCGAAGAAAUGAAGGCAUGGGUUUCGUCAACCCUCGACGACUCGCUCAGGUUGAUCACCGCGAAGUUGGAGGAAGUUGACAAGAAGGCCAACAUUACUGCUGCCGAGAAAGCAGAACUGGAGUUGCGGCGGAAAGCUAAGGCCGCUGAGUGUGAGGCAAAUGAGAACAAAGAAGGGAACAAGUCCCGGAAAGACGCGUCUAGCAGUGAAAAGAGGAAGAGAGCGGGGGUGCGCACCCCGCUGGAGAACUCACCAUCUGCUGCGCGUGCGAAGCCCCGGUCGCGUGGAAGCUCGACGUCUCGACCGAAGAGGAUCAAAAUUUCAUCCGAUGAUGAGGUCGGGGGUACUGUGAAACAGAAUCUUCACGCGAAGAUGGAGAACAACAGCGAAUUGGCCGAUAUUAAGCGGAUGCUGGCCGCGAUGAUGCAAGGGAUCGACGACGCCAAGGGUAAGGCAAAAGUAGUUGAGCCGACCUCCCGGGAACCCGUGGCCACCGAAACGGAGACCGUGGCGAACGAUGACGUCGACCUGGCUCAGAAUUCCUCGCUUGCCGAAGAAGAAGAAGAAGAAGACGAAGGGGGCCUUGCCGCGUAUAUGAAGGUUCGAAGGGAGUACUAUAGCUCGUUGCAGUGCACUAGAGUGCAAGAGUUAUUUAAGGAAAAGGGAAUCUAGUACUUUCGCAAAAAUAUGCGGGUUUGGGAACUGGCCAGGCGCGA